AUGGUCUCCUAUCCCAAAGCCUCCCCCCAGCUAUCAACCGGAGUGGUGCAUCCCAAAGCGGAGCCACCGCGGAGCCCACCGGCUAUCGAUCCCGACGAGGACACUCAGGAUGCACCGGAAGAUUUCGCUCGGUCCGGCAGUGAUGAGUACAUCGAGGGCUCCCUAGAUGGAGCGGACGGCAACGCACUGGCCUCGCCCGCGCAACACAAAUGCCCUAUUUGCCUCCGUACAUACUUAAGCGCGGUGCUCUUGGAGAAGCACAAGUGUCCCGGGAGGCCAGAAAAGAGGUACACAUGUCACAUCUGCUUCCGCGAGUUGAGCCGGGAGGGCCACCUUGUGGCCCACAUGCGCGUGCACACAGGGGAGAAACCGUUUAAGUGCGUCGUCUGCUCACGCGCCUUCCGUCAGAAGUCCAACCUGACUGUGCACAUGCAGCAGCACACGACUGGGGGGCAGUUUCAGUGUACUGCCUGCCCGAGGUCCUUCACUAGGAGGGACUAUUUGCAGACCCACAUGCAGCGUCACCACAGGCUGUAG